AUGGGUUGGGUUGACAACGCGACGUCCGAGGUCGAGGCCAUGUCGCAGUACCCGACCAUCAUCGCCAUAUGCGUCGUCGUCUCUCUGCUAUCCAUCGUCACCGUCGGUGGCCGCCUCUGGGUCCGGGCCACGGCGCGCGGUCUCGCCAGCGAUGACUGGAUGGCCGCCAUGUCCAUGUUGUUCGCCCUCGUCUACUCCAUUCUCUGCAUCAUGCAGACCAAGUACGGCUUGGGGCUUCCGCUUCGGGCUCGGCCCAAGGAAAACCUAAUUCCCUACACUCGAGUCAACUUCGCCGGUCGCCCCAUCUACCAGAUCGGCAUCAGCUUCUUCAAGAUAGCCCUCCUGAUCAGCUACCUGCGUCUUCUUAAGGGCACCGACCAGAAGACAUAUCGGCUCGUCGUCUGGAUCACCAUAUUUCUCGUCUUCAUCGCCCACGUCGGAUGCACCCUGUCGCUCUUGUUCGCCUGCACGCCUGUGCAGAAGUCGUGGAACCCGUUGAUGGACGGCACCUGUCUCGCCCCCGGACCCUCCUUCACCGCCUACGCCGUCGUCACCAUAGUUUCUGACGUUGUCGUCGCCCUGUUGCCGAUUCCCGUCCUGCUGAAGCUCAGCAUCAGGAUAGAGAAGAAAAUCGGUCUCAUCUUCAUCUUCAUGCUCGGCCUCUUCACCACCCUCUGCUCCAUCCUGCGAUACCUGCAGAUAAACCGGAUUCAAUACGGUGACGGGAACUCUACAAUGCUCGUUCUCUGGGGCACCAUCGAGUUUAACGUUGGCAACAUGGUCUCCUCACUCCCUUUUUUGGCCCCAAUCUUUAUGAAAAAAGCCAAGGAGUAUCGUGCCAAGUACUCUGGAAACGAUUACGGCUCCUCGCAUGGAUCGAGCGAGGGGCGUCGCCACGAGAAUGGUGGCCACUACAAGCUGGCCGACGUCAGUAUCGACAAGUCUCGCAGCAACGAGAACAUCGUCCCGGCAAGCGCCAUAGUGAAGUCAGUAACAUACACCGUUCAGGUGGAGGAAGACACGACGAACGGCCUAAUGAUUGUGCACCAUCACCAUGGGGACGCGAGUUCGAAGGUUUGA